AUGGAAGGUGCCACCAAAGAAUGGGGGACGCUUGCGAGCCGUACGGCUGUGGGCAUUGCAACCAUCUGCCUCACGACCCUCUUUUACAAGCUCAUCAAAAUGCGACUAAUUUUCUACCGUCUAAGAAAGCAAGGAUUUCCGACUCCUUCCUGGAAUCCAGUCCUGGGAAAUCUCGCCGUGAUGGCGGGGCUCCACAAGAAAGGGCCAAGUGAUGUUCGCCAAGCCGACUUAUUUGCCCACUUUGCAGCAGAGACAAAAGGCCUCGAUACUGGCUUCUAUGUCGAUGUUUGGCCUUUUAACGAGCCUAUGUUAAUUGUGACAUCACCCGCCAUGGCGAUCGACGCAUGCCAGACCUAUGAUCUACCGAAGCCAAAGGCCCUUCAACCAUUUAUCAAUCCAAUGGCGGGUGGCUCGGAUAACCUAUUCGUCACGAAUGGUGCCCGUUGGAAACACGCCAGAGAACUGUUCAACCAUGGAUUCAGCAUGGCUGCUUCAUUGAGUCAUAUGACAUGCAUCCUAGAAGAGGCCAAGGUCUACGUCCAAUUGCUCAAGGGCCAUGCCAAAGCAGGGGAUACCUUCCUACUAGAUCCACUGACCUGUCGCUAUUCUAUGGAUAUCAUCGGAAAUAUCACCUUGAACACACGCUUUAGGUUCCAGGAGCAACACAACCCAAUUGCUGCAGCAAUGCGAGACACAAUUGAAUGGGAGUGCGGUAUCGAGACAGGCACUUUCUUUGAACGCUGGAGUCCGCUUCGAUUCUACAGACAGUGGCAGAAUUCACGCACUAUGAACCAUCUUAUCGGAAUAGAGCUUGAAAAGCGAUAUCAAGAAUGGAGGGAAAUCGAUCAAAUCAAGCCAUCGACUUCUCGCCCCAGGUCGAUCAUCGACAUUGUUCUUGCCGAGUAUAUGAAAACCAGACCACAGGAACAGACAUUCCAUCCUGGAUCUCAAAAAGCCCAACUUGACCCAGAAUUCAAAAAAUGGGCCACUAUUCAAACCCGCCUAUUUUUAUUCGUUGGCCACGAUUCCGAAGCAGCGACUAUAAUUUAUUCUCUGUAUCUUCUAUCCAAGCACCCCGAGAUGCUCGCCAAAGUUCGCAAGGAACAUGAUAUUGUUUUUGGUACUGGUGCAUCAAGCGCGUAUGAAGCUCUUAUGGAACACCCUGAGAUGAUAAAUCGACUUCCAUACACCCAUGCCGUUAUCAAGGAAACUCUUCGGCUGUUUGCACCCGCGAACGGUCUCAGAGACGGCAUGCCUAACGUUUCUCUCCGCGAUGAACAUGGGAGAUCCUUCCCCACUGAAGGGUUUGCGAUUUGGAUCGUGCACCCUGCCGUUCAUCGCAACCCAGCCUUCUGGCCUCAGCCACACGAUUUUAUCCCGGACCGCUGGCUUGUCGAAAAGGGUCAUCCCUUGUACCCUCCAGCUGGAGGAUGGAGAGCGUUUGAGCAUGGUCAACGACAGUGCAUUGGUCAGAAUAUCUCUCUCAUGGGUAUCAAGGCUACGCUUGCUAUGGUUGUGCGUCAAUUCGACUUCCACGACGCUUAUGCCGAAUAUGAUUCUUUGAAUCCAUCCACCGGCAAGAAGACGAUGUUUGGUGAACGUGUCUAUAUGAUUCAAAAGGGAUCGGGCCAUCCGGCCCAGGGAUUCCCUUGCAAAGUCACUAUUCGUGAUGUCUCCUCGCAAUGA